AUGAAAAUUGAUACAGAACGAGUAAUCAUUGAAGUUCAUCUGCGGCCCGUUUUGUGGGAUAAACGCAAUGAAUUAUACAAAAACAGGGACGCGAGGGAGGCUGCAUGGAGAGAUAUUUUGAAGGAAUUGGCACCUAACUACGAAAAUUUGAGCGAAGAGGAAAGAAAAGUGGCGGACAAGAAAAUACAACAACGCUGGCGAACAGCAAGGGACACUUACCAUAAAGACAAGAUAUCUGAAAAAAAUCAGCCAUCCGGCUCUGGGAGUAAGAAGAAGAAGAAAUAUUCUUACUAUGACAUUUUGACUUUCUUAGACAGUACAACGGAAACUGCUGGAGAAGAGUCACUCUGUGAAGAAAUGUCUGGACAAAGUAAUUUAGAAACACCUAAUGAGUCCACGCAACCAGGUACUUCACGUCAAGAAAGUUCUCAACUAACAUCACAACGUAAUUUAGAAACACGUAAUGAGUCCACGCAACCAGAUACUUCACGUCAAGAAAGUUCUCAACUAACAUCACAACGUAAUUUAGAAACACGUAAUGAGUCCACGCAACCAGAUACUUCACGUCAAGAAAGUUCUCAACUAACAUCACAACGUAAUUUAGAAACACGUAAUGAGUCCACGCAACCAGAUACUUCACGUCAAGAAAGUUCUCAACUAACAUCACAACGUAAUUUAGAAACACGUAAUGAGUCCACGCAACCAGAUACUUCACGUCAAGAAAGUUCUCAACUAACAUCACAACGUAAUUUAGAAACACGUAAUGAGUCCACGCAACCAGAUACUUCACGUCAAGAAAGUUCUCAACUAACAUCACAACGUAAUUUAGAAACACGUAAUGAGUCCACGCAACCAGAUACUUCACGUCAAGAAAGUUCUCACCCAACAUCAAAAUAAAAACAAGUAAAAUCUAAAAAGCAAGCACCAUCUGAAUUUGAGGCACAGUUAUUAGAAUGCUUAAAGUCUAAUCAACUGGAGCUAGAAAGUGAGGAUUUGGCUUUCUUUCAGUCUCUGCAGCCUUCAUUAAAAAGAUUCACUAGAUAUCAAAAACUAAUGUUCAGAACAAAAGUGUUAAAUAUAGUUAUGGAAAUGGAAAGUCAAACACAACCUGCAUACUACAGUCCCAUACCUACAACAAGUUCUAGUGCUUUUACUGAGCUUGACAGUUUGUCACCGAUAAAUCAAGAUUACCAAACCAAUAGUAUAAUCCAGGAUACUUCGAGUCUUAACGACAAUGCUAUUAGUUCUGCUGCAGUGAAUGACAAUGAAACUCUUAUUUCGACUGAAAGCGGCUUGUUUAAUAUCACGUCUUAUGACGUAAUUUAUACCCCAGCAACAACAUCGUCUACAGGCGAAAGAAAUGUCAACGCUCAGGAUACAAAUUUACAAAGAAAUGAAUGAUGUAAAAUUUGAUUUUUUAAUUUAUGAAUAAAACUCUUUUUAUUAAAAUGAGUA